AUGGAAGGAGCUUCAUCUGAUGAGAAAUAUGCCGAGGAAUUACAGUUACAAGAAGCACUAUAUUUCUCUCGUAUUUCAAAUAGUAGUGUAACAGUAGAAGAAGAAGAAGAAGAAGGUGGAUCAUCUUCUUGUUCUAAAUUGAAAGAAUCCGAUUGUGGUAUCUGUAUGGAAGUUAAACCGGUUGAAAAAGUGUUCGAAAACCCUAACUGUUCACACUCUUUCUGUGUAGACUGUGUUGGGAAAUUUCUAGCUGUAAAAAUUCAGGAGAAUAGAUCAAGUGUAAAAUGUCCUUAUCCAAAAUGCAAUGGUAUUUGGGAGCCUCAUGAUUGUAGUUCAUUUAUACCAAAGGAUUUGCUUGAUAGAUGGGAAAAUGCAGUUUGUGAGGAUACCGUGUUGAGUUCGGAGAAAUUCUACUGUCCUUUUAAGGAUUGUUCAGCUAUGUUGGUGAAUGAUGAAAAGGAAGCAGUUGUGACUAGUUCGGAAUGUCCGCAUUGUCAUAGAUUAUUCUGUGCUCAAUGUAAGGUUACAUGGCACGCAGGAGUUGAUUGUGAAGAGUUUCAAAGCUUGAAAGACGGGGAGCGAGGGAGGGAAGAUAUCUUGGCUAUGGAGCUUGCUAAGAACAAGAAAUGGAAAAGAUGUCCAAAAUGCAGCUUCUAUGUUGAAAGAGUUGUGGGAUGCACUCGCAUUACAUGCAGGUGUGGUAAUCAAUUUUGCUAUGGCUGUGGAUCUACUUGGAAUGAAGACACUCAUUAUCAUUGUGCAACUCAAUAA